ACCCCACGCCGGCUCUGGGAGGGCAGCAGCGCCUCGCUGCAUACCAUGGCUGGGCUCCUGGCGCUGCUGGGCCCGGCGGGCAAGGUGGGAGCCCGGCUCUGCCCCCGCGCCACCUGCCUCCUGGGUGCCGUCGUCCCCUGCGCCCCGCCGCCCCUAGCCCAGGUCCAGUUCCGGCCCGGCCCAGACGCACGGCUGCUCUACAUGGCUCGCGGGAACUUCCGCAGCCACCAGGAGCCCAGCAGAAUCGCCGAGACCUCAGGCAGCAAGGCCGGCAGCCCCGAGAGCAAGCAGAGCAAGGCACAGCAGCUGAAGAAGGUUUUCCAAGAGUACGGAGCCGUUGGUGUGUCACUGCAUGUUGGGAUCUCGUUAAUCUCCCUGGGCCUGUUUUACAUGGUUGUUUCAAGUGGCGUAGACAUGUCUGCAAUCCUGCUUAAACUCGGAUUUAAAGAGUCGCUGGUGCAGUCGAAAAUGGCAGCAGGCACGAGCACCUUCGUGGUGGCCUACGCAAUCCACAAGCUGUUUGCGCCCGUGCGAAUCAGCAUCACCCUGGUCUCUGUGCCCUUCCUUGUCAGAUACCUUCGGAAAGUGGGACUUUUUAAGCCUCCAGCUGCAAAACCUUGAGGAUUUGCAGGCACUGAAAACCUAGCUUGAGAGUGUACCAUGUGGACUGAUCAGGCUUGUGGGUUUUUCUGAGUGGAAGCAGGGAGCUAAUUGCUAUGUUCUCGUGGAUAAAGUUUACCUUUGCACCAAAAAUCAGGCUUUGAAUAAUUAUAAUUUGGGGUUGGUAAGUUUUCCCACCAUUCAGCGUAGGGCUAUGCACAUACUCUGAAGUGUCAGCCUCAUAAAGGAGGUAACAUCUCCGACUUGGACAGCCCACUUACAUGCUCUUUCUGGAAGAUCCAAGGUGAGGUCCCGUCUGCAAAAGCCCCCGAGGGUUCCCCAUGCGCAAGUUCUUUUAAGCCAAGGAUUCAUUUAGCUGCUUUUACGAUUCCCUUUCCACUGGUUUGUUGUCAGCAGCCUGCAGCUUAAUGUGCAAUAUUCGGUAAAAUAGCUGCCGGUGCUCCAAUUAAUGAAGCAGAAGUUAGCCACACGUGAUCAUAAGUAAAUUAGCACCAGCCCUCUGACAUUCACUGCCCUUGCUCUGGGGAAAGAAAAACAAGUAUUUCUUUGGCCCCUAAACCUUCCAAUCUGGACAUCUUUGAGCUUGAGAUGUUUUUUCUGAAAUUUCAUUGAAGUUGGGUCACUUGUCUCUGUUGACGUGAAAUAUGAAAACCUUGCCCAGUGGUAAUGUGGCUCUCGCCGUCAGCAUGCAUGCCGCAGAAAGGAAGAGCUAAAACAAUCCUAGCCCUUCUUGGACAAUCUUUAACUCUUGUUUCAAACUUCAGACAUUCCAGAGUUGUCACAAUGUUUACAUCGUGUCACUACUCGUGCUUCUAAACUGAGCCAAAAUUAUAUACGUGAAGAUUGGCGUGACUUCCCAGAAAGAAAAACUAGUAGCAUUUGUUAUAAAUGGAAGACAGCCAUGAGAGACUAUCCAGGCCGGGAAGAAAAGGAGACUGGCAGGUGGAAGCUGUCUCCCAAGCCACUGUCACCCCACAAAGGGCAAGUGUGUCGGGGAGGUGAGAAUUCAAGCAGAGACCCACCCCUCCGCCUGCCUCCUCAGCAGUGCGUUGAGCCUUGUCCUAGCCUUCUACACUCAGCUGAUCCAGCAUUUCUGCCUUCCCGAGGGCUGAGGGGGUCAUGUUUAUCUUCCUGGCUUGUAAUUCUAUCUUUAAAAUUAUUUCUGUGACAAUUAGAAACCUAAAGGAACCACCUACUAAGCUCCGGCUGUGCCCGCUAGUUAAACCCUAAUUAUCAUUGCCACUGGGUUAUCUCAACAGUUAAAAGGAUCUUUGUGGGACAGAUUCUCCAUUUGCAAGAUGACCUUGAAGCGGAACUAUUUUCUUUUAAACCUGCUGGUACACGGCCGAAAGCUUUUUACAGGUUUAUAGCUGGAACUGCCUUUCUGGGCUCCAAUUCCCAGGACAUUGUCAUGCUGUAUACAGUUCACGCUGUAUGCCUG